GUUUCAAAUUUUGAGCUUAGGACUUGGGCCUCAUUCAAAUAUCAAGCCUGGUGGCACGACGGCCACAGAGUGACGUGGCGCCCGUUGAUUGGUGGAAAUGGUCUCCACAUCAUUUCAUGACGUGUCCCUGCGAUGAAUAACCUGUACCAAGGUCGCCAGAACAGAAGAACAGAGAAAGAAAGAACGACGCAGAGAGAGAGAGAACGGAGAUGGGUGCUCGGAAGAGAGCUUCUUCGGACGCAUCAUCGAAACAUCUGGCGGAAUCGAAGGAACGAGAAUUUGAAGGCAUCAGCAGGAACUCCGCAGACCCUACGAUCGCUCCGUCUAAAGCUGGGGAGAUCCUGAAAUUCUCUUUAAUUUUCUUCGUUCCGUACUUGUACAUGCUCUUCUACCACUAUAGGAUCGACAUAGAGCUCAAGAGACCCAUCCUCAUCAACGCCGCCCUCAGCCUCGCCGGUUUCUUCCUCACCCUCUGUUUGAUCCCCGUCGCUUCCAGAUACGUUCUCCGUCGCAAUCUCUUCGGCUAUGAUAUCAACAAGAAGGGUACCCCUCAAGGCUCAGUGAAAGUGCCUGAGUCAUUGGGUAUUGUUGUUGGGAUUGUCUUCUUGGUGUUGGCAAUUCUAUUUCAGUAUUUUAACAUACCAUCGGAUUCGAAUUGGCUUGUUGAGUACAAUGCAGCAUUAGCAUCCGUCUGCUUCAUGAUUUUACUUGGAUUUGUCGAUGAUGUCCUUGAUGUCCCUUGGAGAGUGAAAUUGCUAUUGCCAUCUGUUGCUGCCCUUCCUCUGUUGAUGGCCUAUGCUGGACAUACCACCAUUAUCAUACCGAAGCCUCUCAUUCCAUAUGUUGGACUGGAUGUUCUGGAUUUAGGAUGGAUAUAUAAACUUUAUAUGGGUCUUCUGGCAGUAUUCUGCACAAACUCCAUCAACAUUCAUGCUGGUUUGAAUGGCCUUGAAGUUGGGCAGACAGUUGUUAUUGCUUGUGGCAUUCUGAUACACAAUGUCAUGCAAAUUGGAGCAUCUACAGAUCCUGAGUAUAAGCAAGCACAUGCAUUUUCUAUUUACCUCGUUCAGCCUUUACUGGCCACUUCCUUAGCUUUACUGUCUUUCAACUGGUAUCCUUCUUCAGUUUUUGUUGGUGACACAUACACAUACUUUGCUGGAAUGACUAUGGCUGUAGUUGGCAUCUUGGGUCACUUUAGUGAAACGCUCCUGAUUUUCUUUCUUCCUCAAGUUCUCAACUUCCUUUUAUCACUUCCUCAGCUUUUUGGCUUUUGCCCUUGUCCUCGACAUCGCUUGCCAAGAUUUGAUCCUCAGACAAGACUGCUGACGGGGACAAAUGAUGGAACACUUGUAAAUUUAUUCUUGCGACAAUUUGGCAGAAUGUCAGAAAAGUCACUUUGCACCCUGUUACUUUUUUUCCAGGCAAUGGGAUGCUGUUUUUGUUUUGUGCUAAGAUGGUUUCUUGCUGGUUGGUAUAAAUGAGGAGCGAAAUUGUAAGAAGUUGAUUUUCUAGCUGUUCAUUAACAUGAAAGAACUUCUCAUCACCCAGUCAUGUUGUACAAUUUUGAUUUAUGCUACGGAUGGCAUACUAGAUUAUUCUGUCAACAACUCAAAUGGCUUAUAGUGGCAGUUGCCAUGGGUGUGCAUUAUGCUGAUCCUAUGACGUGAUUGUAUUUGCUAAAAAUUUUGUAUUUGCCCAUUUUCAAUGAAAAGGGAAAGUUUGAUUAA